AUGGCUGGACUGGGAAAACAGAUCGUUGAAUCCAAGUUUUUCGAUCUGGACGACAUCAUAGCGAGCUCGGAAUCCACGUCGUGCACAUUUGAAAUUGGCGAACUCAAUCCAGAUUUUUUCCAAGAAAUGGUCGGUAUCGUGAAGCCUACUCAGAAUGCGGAGGGAUAUGGUGUCGAUACCCCUCUCUGGCUUCUGAAUCCUGAUAUCAUAAAAACCCCUGUGACGAUCCAUCUCCCUCAAGCGUAUAGUGUGAAUAUGCAAGGUGUUCUCAAUGCCGAUGCUCGGAAUGUUAAUCUUUCUCGAAUGCAACAACAGUUCUAUACAAACGGAAUGCAGUUAUGCUACCUGACAAAAAAGCAAAAUCCAGACGGUGCACUGAACCUGGCCCGGUGCCUGCUCUCUACGGUCACUCAACGGCUGGGAGGGAUCAUUUCAAGUUCGGCGAAUCAAAGAACGAAAGGAGAUCGUUUUGAUGGUCUUGAGAUCAAAGUGUUUUUAGAAGGAAAGCGAUGUAAAGAUGAUAUUGAUCGGUGGUUACGGCAGGACAAUAAAAGUAUGAGCAAAAAACGGAAGAGGAAUUCGUAA